UGGGGUCGCAUAUGAGUGGCAGGUUCCGCAGCCAAUAGUAUGGGAAGUUCUGCCAGCGGGUCUCGGGGAGGCCAAUGGGCAGGGGCGUGGGGGGGGGCGUGGACCAUCGGCGCCGGCGGGGCCUCUCCGGGCCGCGUCCGUGGGAUCGAGACUGCGCGGCGGUUGGGUGGGCAGCGGCGCCAGUCGGCGGACGAGGGGUCCCCGGGAGUUGCUGGACUGAGACAUGAGCCUCCAGCUGUGUGGUUGGGCUCGGUAGCGCAUCGUGGGACUCAGAUGUGCGCCCGCAGGUGAUUUGGCCCUGCGGUGACUGGAGCAGCCCAAGCCGCCGCCAUGGUGAAAUUGCUAGUGGCCAAAAUCCUUUGCAUGGUCGGCGUGUUCUUCUUCAUGCUGCUCGGCUCCCUGCUCCCCGUGAAGAUCAUUGAGACAGAUUUUGAGAAGGCCCAUCGCUCGAAAAAGAUCCUCUCUCUCUGCAACACCUUUGGAGGGGGGGUGUUUCUGGCCACGUGCUUCAAUGCUCUGCUGCCCGCUGUGAGGGAAAAGCUCCAGAAGGUCCUGAGCCUCGGCCACAUCAGCACCGACUACCCGCUGGCCGAGACCAUCCUCCUGCUCGGUUUCUUCAUGACCGUCUUCCUGGAGCAGCUGAUCCUGACCUUCCGCAAGGAGAAGCCGUCCUUCAUCGACCUGGAGACCUUCAACGCCGGGUCGGACGUGGGCAGCGACUCGGAGUAUGAGAGCCCCUUCAUGGGGGGCGCGCGGGGCCACGCGCUGUACGUGGAGCCCCACGGCCACGGCCCCAGCCUGAGCGUGCAGGGCCUCUCGCGUGCCAGCCCCGUGCGCCUGCUCAGCCUGGCCUUCGCGCUGUCGGCCCACUCGGUCUUCGAGGGCCUGGCCCUGGGCCUGCAGGAGGAGGGGGAGAAAGUGGUGAGCCUGUUCGUGGGGGUGGCCGUCCACGAGACGCUGGUGGCCGUGGCCCUGGGCAUCAGCAUGGCCCGGAGUGCCAUGCCCCUGCGGGACGCGGCCAAGCUGGCGGUCACCGUGAGUGCCAUGAUCCCCCUGGGCAUCAGCCUGGGCCUGGGCAUCGAGAGCGCCCAGGGCGUGCCGGGCAGCGUGGCGUCUGUGCUGCUGCAGGGCCUGGCGGGCGGCACCUUCCUCUUCAUCACCUUCCUGGAGAUUCUGGCCAAGGAGCUGGAGGAGAAGAGUGACCGUCUGCUCAAGGUCCUCUUCCUGGUGCUGGGCUACACCGUUCUGGCCGGGAUGGUCUUCCUCAAGUGGUGAGCGGCCUCGCCAUUGUCCCUGCCGCCGGAGCCCGCCGGGAGCCCCGGGCCAGACACAGGCCGCGUCCCCCAGCCCCGCGUCCCCCAAGAGCGAGCACUGUGGCCCUGGGCCACCACCUGUGCACAAGGGGCCUCCCGGGACCAGGCUGUGCCCCCGAUCCUACACCCUGAGCCUCAGAGCACUGCUACUUUUUAAAAUACUUCUUUCUCUUAAAAGUCUUUACCAAA